CCAAGGGCUGAUUUUUAUCUUUUACCGGAUCGAGAAGGGGAGGAGGUACGGAGAAUGAGUUAUUCUUGUAGCAGCACAAAGCCUGUUUGCUUUACGGUGUAGUAGAGCCAGCGCGCAACCGAAGGCACUGACGCACGACAACUGGCUCCUGCGGCGACGACGCGGAGAGCAGCGGAAAGCCACAGCUCCUGUCAGGUCUAAAAACCCACCAGCCCCGCGUCCCUGGACAUGAAAGUGCAGCAAGGGUGCCACUCAUCAGACAUGGGGAUUCCUGUUACAACCGAGGAAGAACUGCGCAGAAAUACCGUAAUAACACCCGAGGAUGUGCUUGGCUUACAAAAGAUCACUAAGAAUUACCUCUGUUCUCCUGAGGAAAAUGUCCACAUGAUUGACUUCACCAGGUUCAAGAUCCGUGAUAUGGAAACAGGGACAGUCCUGUUUGAAAUUACUAAACCUCCAACACCAGCGGGAGGUAGAAAGCACUGUGACCCCAAUGCCGGCCGUUUCGUCCGAUACCAGUUCACCCCAGCCUUCCUGCAGCUGCGACAAGUUGGAGCCACAGUGGAAUUCACAGUAGGUGACACACCCAUCAACAACUUCCGCAUGAUAGAAAGGCACUACUUUCGUGAUCAGCUUCUGAAGAGCUUUGAUUUCGAGUUUGGCUUCUGCAUGCCCAGCAGCAAGAACACGUGUGAGCACAUAUACGAGUUCCCUGCGUUGUCUGAGGAAAUCAUGCGUGAGAUGAUCCUGAACCCUUAUGAGACGCAGUCCGACAGCUUCUACUUUGUGGACAACAAGCUGGUGAUGCAUAACAAGGCAGACUAUUCCUACAGUGGGGGACCAUAGGAAGACACCCACCGUCCUCUGCACAGUUUCCACAUUCCAGUUACCAAUUCAGGACCAGAAACAGAUGAACUGAUGGACAAAAAACUGGCAUUAAACACUCUGUCUCUUGUCUUUUAGUUAAGUAUAUUUCCCUUCUGAUAUUCAGCUGCCUGGCCGAUCGGUUUUCUCCCUUUGCCUCGUCGUCUUUGCAGGAACAUCGAAUUCUGCCAUCAUCAGUUUGCAUCAGAAUGUGAGAGUGUGUGGGCAGCAAACACAUGCAGUGUCUGUACAUAAUGUUGAUUUCAGGCUGAAAAACCGGAAUACACUUGAUCAUAAGGAAGAUAUUGAGUUAUUUUCAUUUUGCGUGUUUUUUUUUGUUGUUUUUUUUGUAGUCAUUAGCGUCAAGAGAAAAGAGUGUUCAGAGAAGAAAUGAGUCAUGAAACAAAGAGAGAAAUCAGUUACCUUAAAAAGUGAAAUAAUAAUCCAUUCAGUUGUACUGUAUGUUUAUAUAGAUUAUAUAGGAUUAUCGUCACUUUUUUUUUUCCUCAAAUCUCUUAGUUAUUAAAUUUCUAGUAGCACACAUCCGGAUGAUUCAGUCCUCACUCUAGGAUCUGGUUCUGCCAUCAUUCAGUUGGAUUACAAACAGAUAUGUGUCCUGUGUCAAUGUGAAUGUAUCAUUUGUUUUAUGUUUUCAUGUUUCUAGUUCAUCUAAUUCAGGAGUAUUUUUAAAGAAAUAGCCAUUUUGAAGUGUCAGACAACAUUAGCCAAAACUCAAAAUCACAUACCAAUUUUGAUAUCCAGUAUGUACUCUGUAGUACUGAACACUGUGUACACUUUCAGAUAAAUGUUUUAAGUAUGAAAUUAAAAAAAAAAAAAGUAUGUAAAGUUUUGAGGAAUUCCAUUACUGCAAUAAAUAUGGCAUUUUUUGGAAA